AUUACAAUCCCACCUUGUCACAGCGAUUUAGGGUCAAUCUCUCACACAGGAAGGUGCUCUCGUGGAGGACCCCCCCGCCACCUCUGGAUCCCCCUCUAUCAGUAUCUCCCUCCCACUCUAUCUUGGUGUUUUAUGUCUGCGUCACAACAAGUCGGUAGAGAGCGAGAGGCAGGGAUGAUGGCGUCUCUGGCGGCUUGAUUCCGGUGCUGCUCUGACAAACCCGCCUUAAUAGCAUCAGUAGGUGGUGACGGAGAGGGGGGGUUGAGAGCAAAAGCGACGGGAACAUGACGAAACGGCACCGCGGAGGACGGACAAACUAGACUGAGAGACGGACGGACAGUCAGUCCCCCCUCCUCCUCCUCCUCCUCUCCCUCCUCGCUGACGGCUUGACUGACACACACAGGCGCUUGGCACAGACAGGGACAUACAUGCACAUCAUCCACUUUUUGCAAACACGCAGGCUGCGCAUCCGAGCUGGCAGUAAUUGGGCAGCGGAGACCCACAGCAGAUGAGGGCAUUUCAUGUCCAACCUGUCCAGGAAUCACUGUGACCCCGACGGAAAGGAGUUCGACUUGACAGGAUGGGGGGAGUAAGUGAAGGAGAUGAUGUGUUGGCUCGAUGGAGUGAUGGACUACUGUACCUCGGCAAUGUGAAAAGAGUAGAUGGAGUGAAGCAGUGUUGUCUGGUGAGAUUUGAGGACAACUCUGAGUUCUGGGUACUGAGAAAGGACAUUCACUCGUUUGCUGCUGGAGUGGAAGAAGUUUGCUGUAUUUGUGACGCUCCGCCUCUUAAAGAACCCCUCAUAAAUUGUCUUAAAUGUCGCCACGGUUAUCAUCCGGAGUGUCACACGCCAACCAUCGAACCGGAAGCUGACAGCGAUUCGUGGAUAUGUCGGCAAUGUGUCUUUGCAGUCGCAACCAAGAGAGGGGGGGCCCUCAAACGGGGGCGCUUUGCCCGGCUCAUGCAGUUUAUGAAACUUCGGCUACCCUAUCAGCUGUCAUCCCUGGACUGGGACCCACAGCACCUGACCAAUCAGCAGCAGUGUUACUGCUACUGUGCCGGACCUGGAGAGUGGAACCUGAAGAUGUUACAGUGUGGCAGCUGUGGUCAGUGGUUCCACGAGGCCUGCACGCAGUGUCUAACCAAGCCUUUGCUGUAUGGGGACAGGUUUUAUCAGUUCCAGUGCUCUGUAUGUACAAAGGGACCAGAGACAAUCCAAAGACUCCCCAUGACUUGGGUGGAUUUGGCUCAUUUAGUACUCUACCAUCUCUCGCUGUGCUGCAAGAGGAAAUACUUUGAUUUUGACCAUGAAAUCCUGUCCUUCACCAAUGAGAAUUGGGACUCGUUGCUGCUAGGCGGGCUCUCUGACACGCCAAGGCAAGACCGCUGUCACAAUCUCCUCAACGCUCUGAACUCCCACAAGGACAGGUUUGUCUCUGGAAAGGAGAUCAAGAAGAAAAAGUGUCUUUUUGGGCUUCAGGUUCGAGCCCCUCCACCGCUGACGUCCGAUUCGUCGCCGCUCAUCACCGACCCACCUAUCAACAUCACGCACCGGAGAAGGUCAGACCCAUUGUCGCUACCCUGCCAGAGGAGAGUGGGGGGGCCAGAGUCACGUAAAUCAAAGCGUCGCAUCAUGGAGACACAGGCAUGUCCACCCCCAGUAGCUGCCAACCCUAUUGAGCUACUGCCAUGUUGCCAUGGCUACAUGGGUGGGGCCAGCCUGUAUAACUCCAGGAAGUCAGAGGAGGAGCUUAACCUGAGCUCUCCUCCAAAACGGAUGUAUGCCCUAUACCACACCACCUACAAUGGGAACUCAACACUCUCCAGGAGUCUCCAUCACUACAACAGCAUGGAGGACAACUGCAGGUUACCACCAACAUACUUCCCAUACCCCCUCAAUUCCAACAGCAACCAUCACCACAACCACCUCCACCAGCACCAUCACAACCACCAGCACAACCACCAACAUCAACACCAGCUGGGGCAGAAGCAGCUGGAGCCCCUCAUUCUACGUGACUUACCUCCUUAUCAGGCUGGCAUGGGUGCAGGAGGUGGUGUAGGCGGAGGAGGAGGAGGUGGCAGCGGUGGUGGAGGAGGAGGAGGUGGCGGCGGGGCACCGGGAAUGGGAAUGGGAGGUGGGGACGGAACAGUGGCCAGGAGCUGGGGAGGAGGGGAGGCAGUGAGGAUCCUGGCGAGACGAGUCACACCUGACGGGAAGGUGCAGUACCUGGUGGAGUGGGAGAACGUGAGUUUGUACUGAGACAAAGAGCAUAAACUAGAGACACAAUGACUGUUUUGCAGUUGUCACAGAACUGCUGUGUAUGUAAUACGUGGCAGUGUUUAAAGUACAAACAAAACAAAAAGGAAAAAAAAUUCUACACGUUGCAAAUCCAGGUUGCUCUCAUAGCAUCACCUCUAAUUCUACAUCAUUAUAACCUCACUACUUGUUACUAAAUGUCCCUCUUUGCUAGUGUUUCUCUGAUAUUUGUACUGUUAACUUUGGAAUAUGCCUUUGCAUUUAUCAUCUUUUACAAUGAUGAGGGAAAAUGUGUAAACCUCCUGAUGAUUUUAUCUGUGUUUGGACCACAUUAAUAUUUGUAAUUAAAAGGCCACGCUUAAAAAGAAAUAUCUGAAAUUUCAACAUUUAACAGUCAAAAACCCCCAAAUAUACUUAUUUUACUUUGUUCUGGUUCAGUUUUGUGUUGAAACCUAGUUAUCACAAAUAAAAGAGUGGAGUUAGAGUCACUUUAGACAAAAAGCAGAGAGAAACAGCUGACCUAGAUCCAUCCUAAGCUCAUUAAUUUAAAUGUUAUCGCUGGCAUGCUUAUUUUAAGAUUUUAUGGCUCAGUUUUAGGAACAGUUUGUGUUGGGUGUAGCUUCAAAUGUAAUGUACAAGUGCAAAGAUGGUAACUACCGCUUUUCUGUGGGAUGUCCACAGUAAGAAAACAACAAAGCGUAUUUCCUAAAAUUUGGAACUAUUUCUUGGCAAAAAACCUACAAUACACCAUUUAAUUGUUCCUGCCCACUAAAUUAGAAUAAUGUACAAUACAGCUUGACUCGAUGCACAAAAUGACAGGAAAUGUGUAAGAGAACAGGUAGAAAAAGUAUUACUGUGAUAAUAAACAAGAAUUUGAUGAUUUACCAGAAACGAGAAUCAAAUUUUGCCAAAAAGUGAAAAUUGUUUUCCGCUUUGUUAACAGUUUGACCAUAUUACUACAGGCAGGUCAUGAGGACGAGCUCAGCCACUAUUUCACACAUCUAUUUGAUUUGGCAUUUCUCAUAAAAUAUAUAAAUGCAGCGUGCUAUUUAAACUGGUUCAAGUUGCCAAUAGUUGCAGUGCAUCUGCAAGCUACUUUGGAACCCUCUUCCAGAGUCAGUGUCAUAUCCAUUAUUAUUAUUAUUGUGUAUACUUUGCUUCGUCUCGCUGCUGCUCCAUGCUGCUAAAUAUAAAUGACCAUAGACUAAAAUACUCUGAACUAUACUUUAAUAUUUAGAUAGUAUGAUGUGAUGAUGAUUCAUUAAUUUGAAAAUAUUGUGAUUCUGACAUCUUUUUAUUUUCUGUAAAAUGAAAAUUGCUUCUUUUUUAAAAGAAUUUGGACAUCUGAGGACUACAAUCACUAAACUGAUAGAGCAGGCCCCAUAAAGUUUUACUACAUUUAAUUACAAAACUCUAAAAAAGUUGUGACACUGUGUAAAAUGUACAUGAAAACAAAAUGUAAUGAUUUUCAAAUCUC